UCUUUCCUUUCUCUUCCCUUUUUAUGCCUGACAAUCACCGCAAUUUCUUUCUUAUUUUCACUGUAGAUUUUUUCCUUUUAGGUAUUUGUACUUGCAGACAUGAAACCCACAAAUUUUUUCAUAGAUUAAGUGUAUACUUUUACCCUAAAAUUCAGGGAUUUUUUGCUCAAAAAAUGGUCCCUUGUCUGAUUCACUAAGCCCGUACGAACCCUUAUUUCUCAACCUUCAGAUCUUUGUCAACAAUUUCUGACUCUAAAUUUUACUCUCUCGGCUUCGAUUUGAUGGCUGCUUAGUAAGAGGGAAGUAGAAUCAGUAUUAAAAACCGGAGGAAUAGAAAAGGGCGCUUGAGGUUAGAGGCUUUAUAGGAUAUACAUCUUAUUUCAUUUUCUCAUAGGUGAAAAGAAAAAUAGAGAGGUUUCUUGCCUUUUGGUGUAUUCCUCUAUGCUUUGUUUGGAAAGUGGAAAAUCCUCGCAAGUGGUUUGGUGCCUUUUGUUCCCUUGCAUCCUGCUUUGGUCCGAAAAUAGAAAAGGUUUUGCAGUAAAAUUUCUGUUCAUUCCAGUCUCUCGCUCGUCGCCGACGCCGUUGCUCGCCGCAUCUGUCAAACUCCAUCGCCAUCGCUACAGAGUGAGCUCGCCGCAUCUGGUUACUGACUCCACAGGAGAUAAUGAUGACGGAGGAAGAUGAUGAUUAUGUUGAGUACAUCCCAGUUGCAAAGAGGAGGGCAUUAGAAGUCCAGAAAAUAUUGCAACGGAAAGGUAAAUCUUCUACCCUGGAAGAAGAGGAAGCUGAAAAAUUGAAGCUUGUAGAAGCAAAGCCUAGUUUGCUAGUAAAGGCCUCACAGUUGAAAAAAGAACAACCUGAAAUUAGCCCUACUGAACAAAUGGUACAGCAGGAGAAAGAGAUGAUUGAGCAUCUCUCUGAUCGCAAAACUUUGAUGUCUGUUCGGGAGUUGGCUAAAGGGAUUACUUACACGGAACCAUUGUUUACGGGGUGGAAACCGCCGUUGAAUAUAAGGAGGCUGUCUAAGAAAGUGUGUGAUGCAAUAAGGAAGCAGUGGCAUAUUAUUGUGGAUGGCGAAGAUAUUCCUGCACCAAUUAAGAAUUUUAAGGAUAUGAGAUUUCCUGACCCGAUUUUGAAGAAGCUGAAAGCGAAGGGGAUUGUGCAACCAACCCCUAUUCAGGUUCAAGGUCUUCCUGUUAUAUUAGCAGGAAGGGAUAUGAUAGGCAUAGCAUUUACGGGUUCUGGUAAGACACUGGUGUUUGUUUUGCCACUGAUCAUGGUGGCACUUCAAGAAGAAAUAAUGAUGCCAAUUGCCCCUGGAGAAGGGCCAUUUGGUUUAAUUGUCUGUCCAUCACGAGAACUUGCAAGACAAACUUAUGAAGUUGUGGAGCAGUUUCUUGCACCCAUGAGGGAGUACGGUUAUCCAGAGUUAAGGCCAUUGCUUUGCAUUGGUGGAGUUGACAUGAAGUCUCAGUUGGAGGUUGUGAAGAAAGGAGUUCACAUUGUGGUUGCUACGCCAGGAAGACUCAAAGAUAUGCUUGCAAAGAAGAAAAUGAAUCUUGACAGUUGCAGGUAUUUAACAUUAGAUGAAGCAGAUAGGUUGGUGGAUUUGGGUUUUGAAGAUGACAUAAGAGAAGUCUUUGAUCACUUUAAAGCUCAGCGUCAAACUCUUUUGUUUUCUGCCACAAUGCCCACAAAGAUCCAAAAGUUUGCAAGAAGCGCAUUGGUUAAACCCGUUGUGGUUAAUGUGGGAAGGGCUGGAGCGGCAAACCUUGAUGUGAUUCAAGAGGUGGAGUAUGUUAAGCAAGAGGCAAAGAUUGUUUACCUCCUUGAGUGCUUGCAGAAGACACCUCCUCCUGUUCUGAUAUUCUGUGAGAAUAAAGCUGACGUUGAUGACAUUCACGAAUAUCUUCUGUUAAAGGGCGUUGAAGCAGUUGCAAUUCAUGGAGGAAAAGAUCAAGAAGAGAGAGAGUAUGCUAUCAAGUCCUUUAAAGAAGGCAAGAAAGAUGUGUUGGUUGCCACUGAUGUUGCCUCAAAGGGUUUGGACUUUCCAGAUAUUCAGCACGUGAUUAAUUACGACAUGCCAGCAGAAAUAGAAAAUUACGUUCACAGGAUUGGUCGUACUGGAAGAUGUGGGAAAACAGGAAUUGCAACGACAUUUAUCAACAAAAAUCAGAGUGAAACUACACUUCUAGAUUUGAAGCAUUUGCUACAGGAGGCAAAACAGAGAAUACCUCCAGUGCUGGCAGAAUUGAAUGAUCCAAUGGAGGAUGUUGAUGCAAUCACAAAUGCUAGUGGAGUCAAAGGCUGUGCUUACUGUGGCGGACUUGGUCAUCGGAUCCGUGAUUGUCCCAAGUUGGAACAUCAAAGGAGCACACAAAUAGCAAGUUCAAGAAGAGACUACUAUGGAUCUGGGGGCUAUCGCGGGGAAAUUUGAGUUUUUUCCUUUGGAUUGUGCCAAUGAGUUUGUAAAUGGAAACUGUUUGAAGGUAGAAUAUAUUUUGUUGUAGUUGUUAACGUAAUGAUGUAUCACAAUUUUCCUUCUCUUUUUUGCGAUUAAUAUUGUGGAAGCCCUAGACAUUGGUGCA